GGUUUGCCGACCCCCAAGAUGAGUGAACUGGCUCAGCUUCUGAGUCAUGCUCGGCUUGACGACCAGGAUGAAGCAGAUGUUGCGAGCGUUGCCUCGGGUGAGGAUGAACAUCUAGACCCAGAGACGAAGCGAAUACUAGCCCAAUUCCGUGGGCGGUUUGAAGACAUAUCGAGUUAUGAAGCCGUUAAGUGCCUCACCCAAAUUGUCCUCGAAUUUUAUCCUCUCGCAAUCAAGGGAAAGGUGUCAUUCGAGGAAUUCGUGGAAGUCGACCGCCAAAUUGUGGAGGCUUACAAGCAACGUUCCUUUUUGAGCAUUAAGCGGCUCCAUGAGUCAUUUCAACAAGACCAGACACAGCCUGCGCUGGUCUUUGCCAGGGACCAGGAAUCAGAGUUCCAUUGGUGUAAAGCGUCCUUUCAAUCUUUUUCACAAAAUUACAUCGGCGCAGACCAAGACUGCCUGCUUCGUGCUUUGGACAACUAUGUUACUGCCCAAUCAGUGUACAAUCGUACCAUCUCCAUCGUCCAGUCUUCCGGCUGCGGCAAGUCACGGCUAGUGGACAAAGCUUCAGAGGAGCGGUUUGCAUUUCCCAUGAACAUAAGAGAAGCAUUGCCUGAGGGCCUCAAAACUUAUCCACCGGCUGACAUCAACGAUCUUGUUGGUUAUUUUGAGCCAAAUCCAUUGGACACAAAUGCCGUUCUGUACGCUCAAUAUGCCGCAUUCUUAAUGGAAAUGUUUAAAGAGGCGGAGACCAUUGUGCGCUCAUGGCAGUUGUCCUCUCACGCUGAGAUCGCGAAGAAGUGGCAUGAUUACCUGGCGGAAGAUCAGACUCUCGAAGCAACGGGACCCAACCGUCAGGCUUUUUACCGAAGUGUGGUUAAGAGUGCGAAGAACGUUGCAGCAUCAACCAGCGAUUUCGAGAUCCUGAAGGCGCCUCUCCAAGAAUCGAUUCGACGCCUCAAGCAAACUCUAUAUCCCCCCCAGCGAGUGGUGUUGAGGAACGGGCAAAAGACGACGAAACGCUGUGCCUUCUUUAUUUACAUCGACGAAGCGCACACCCUCACCAAAGACCCGAAGGGGUCUGGGAGAGAUCGUAGCGCAUAUCAUGCGCUGGGACACGUGUUGCGCUGGGUCAGAUCCCAACCUUUUUUCACACUGUUCCUAUCAACAAAUUCGAAAUUAAGAUCACUAGCUCCGACCCCAUCUUUACACCCAUCGACCCGGGACUGGGGCUUCACAACACUAUUUGCUCCAUACACCGAACUGCCAUUUGACAUAUUCUCCCAUGGGAUCUGCUCUCAACUCGAUGAAGGCCAAGUGCCUGUCACGCUUGACAGGAUGUGUUCCGUUGAGGAAAUGGCUCGCUUUGGUAGGCCCUUAUGGUAUUCCCAAUAUAGACAUAAAGUGGACGAGAACGACAACAUCUUUGUGUUUGCGAUGGGGAAGUUGAAUCCAAAACAGGGGGCACAAAAGGAGCCCAAGGACGUUCAUGCCACCCUUGCGGCUCUCGACAUCAGGAUCCAACUGUCGUUUGAUGUUUCGCGGGAAGUUGCAAGGUCACGGGUCUCAACUCUAGUGGAAUCUUACAUGCGAGUGGUCUAUGCUGUACCGGAGCAUCGGGAAUUCAUGCACUCCGGCUAUCCUUCUGAACCUGUGCUCGCUGAAGUUGCGGCGCGAUUGCUUAACCUUGAUGAUUCGAGUGGUGCUAGCACCGCCCACCCCCCCAUUGCAUAUCGGGGACCCACCAUCUUGAAUGAUGCCUAUGGUGAUGAGCUUCUUGCUCGUGGAGAGCGUGGAGAAGCUGUGGGUCGUCUGCUUGUGACGAUUGCUCACGAUAGGGUGCUCAUGCGUGAUCCGGCGCCAUUUGAAGAUGAAGCUGUGUUCCAUGUGCCUAUUAAGGUUGUUGAUUUCUUGAAGUCCUUGUUCAAUGGACGCUAUCACAAGGCAAUCCUUGGUGCUCUUCCUGUGGCAACCAGGGACGGUGCCGAUACACUCCAGAUUGCAUACAAAGAUGCGUACAUAUCUUUCUCCCAUUUUGCUCAAGCAGGAGACAGUAAGGUGGUUCAGAUCAAGUAUCUGUCCAAAUUACUUCUUCGUGGGGCGGCUUUCAAUUGUCAGGCUCAACAACGUUCGGUUGAUCUGAUUAUUCCAGUUUUUUUUGGCAACCCGGAACGGGACUCUAUCCACCCACUGAACACAUCCGUUCUUCAGAUUCAAAUAAAGAAUCGGAGACACGUGCCGGCAGGAGAUGUCUACGUGAAUCCAACCAUUUCGGACCCUAACCGGGAGAAACCUGUUCUGUCACUCUUUCUUGAGUUGGGCGCUAGCGAAUCCUCCGUUUAUGUUGAAACCCGCAAUCACCCUGAAACUCGGAGUGGUGUUGCAUUCCCCGAGGCUAAUCACUAUCUCCUUGUGGCAAAAGGGUGCUCAUCCUCGACAUACUCUGCAAUCCCGCCAGGUUACGAUGAGAAGUAUGCCGACUUGCUACGAUCUUCCGUACUGUCGGAUGACUUCCCAAGAAAGGAGAACAUAGGGUUGUUGCAGCGCCAGAAACCAGCUUUCUAUGCCGAACCAAGUAGCUCCUGGGAUUGGUGAUGCAAGACAACUGGUGUUCUAUCCGUACCGGAAGGUAUCAAACGUGUUGGCCUACCCUUUUAGUGCUUUCGCGAAGUGGUGCCUAAUGGAAUGUGCGGCUGUUUAAAUGUACAGAUGUCAGAAGCUACCCAAAUGCAUAUACAAACUUUGUCAGAACCGGCGCUUGGGUAGACAGCAAUUCCACG